AUGACGAUGUCAAAUGGUCAUCCAAAGAAACUUCGAACAGCUGAAAGGAUAAAGGUUUUUCGCCAAUGGCUGGUUGAUAUGGACGAAGACGAGAAGAAGCUAUUCAUUAGAGAGUUACUGAAUGAUUGCGAUCUUCAUAACUUGGAGUACAUAAGUACCUUAAUAUCGCGUCUACGAGUUGCAAGAUCUCGUCCUACCUCAAACAAGACCAAAGAUCCCCUAACACUUCUCCCGUCGCAUAUCGUCCUACGAAUCAUGUCCCAUUUAGAUCCAGAUCUGGGCACUAUGGCUCUAAACGGUCAUUCUGCAACAGUUCGUUGUCUUGACCUAAACGGGAAUGUUUUGGCUUCGGGUUCGAAUGACUUUUCUAUUAAAAUAUGGAAUGUUGACGUAAAUCCUCGUUGGUCUUCAAUAGGAUGCCGCAAAACAAUGCUUGGUCACUCCAAUUAUGUGCGAUGCUUACAAAUGGAUCAUGAGUAUUUGAUUAGCGGUUCUUAUGACAUGCACUUGAAGUUGUGGUCUUUGAACACAGGAGCCUGUAUUAGAACGUUAAUGUGGGUUGUCCAGGAUUAUUGUAACGGAAGUUGUAAGAGUGACAAACAGACAAACGACAUGACAAGGGGAAUAGUCGAGGAAAUGCAUUUUAUUAAUGUUAAUUUUAGAUGUAUGCAUACAAUCGACUGGAAAUUGGCCGAAGGUCAUACAGGUGUUGUGCGUUGUCUUCAGGUAGACACUUGGCGAAUUGUAAGUGCAGCUGAUGAUAGAACCAUCAAGGUAUGGAAUGUCGAUUCCCUGCAGCGAUUAUGUACGCUACAUAGUCACGAAGAUGGCGUUACUUGUGUACAGUUCAGUGAUCGUCAAAUUGUUUCUGGUUCCUAUGACAAGACGGAAAAAGCGGGCGACAUUGGAAAGAUACGUCUAGUCGAAACAGACCUCGUGAUGGACGUUAUGGUUUCCGUCAGCGACGACGAUUGCAAAAAUGAAGGAGAUUCUGCUAGUGUAUGCUCAGACGAGAGCGAAGAAGCUUUCCAGAUUCCUUGCAAGUUGGCGAUGUAUGAUUUUAAUCAGUGUGAUCGAAAGCGAUGUUCGGGAAAAAAGCUAUUACGAGCAGGUCUUAUCGAUAAGAUUCGUCUGGGGAGUCGUUUUCUCGGGCUCGUGCUUAGCCCUACCGGGAGCACAACUCUUGCUCCGUGCGACCGUCAUUUUAUUGACCAAAAUGGCUUAUGCGUGGUCGAUUGCUCAUGGAAGGAAAUCGACCGGACACCACUCCACAAAGUCCGAGCUCCAGAACACCGACUGUUACCGUACUUGGUGGCCGCAAAUCCAGUGAAUUAUGGUCGACCAUGUCAUCUCACCUGUGCAGAAGCUCUGGCUGCAGGUCUGUAUAUUAUCGGGCAUUCUGAGGCCGCGGAACACCUGAUGAAGCAGUUUUCAUGGGGUCCACAUUUUAUCGAAUUGAAUCGCGAGUUGCUGGAUUCGUAUGCUGCUUGUGGUACACAUGAAGACGUUAUUAGAGAGCAGGCUAAAUAUUUAGAUAAGCUAGAUAACGAGGCUGAACAAAGCCGAAGUAGAUGUGUUGACUUUCCUCCUAGUGACAGUGAUUCUGAUGUUGAGAGUGAGAAGAUGGAGGAGAUGGCGAAUACACAUGAACUUGGAAAAGCUAUAGGAGAAGCGAUUGGCAAGAUGCACCUGGGAAAUCUCAUCCAUGGUGAUUUGACAACAUCCAAUAUCAUUCUGAAAGAUGAAGAUUUUCGAAGACCGUUUUUCAUUGACUUUGGUCUCGCUUCAUUGGGAAAGGUUCAAGAUAAGGGCGUAGACCUUUAUGUGCUGGAGAGGGCAUUGUCUAGCACUCAUAUGGAUUCCGAGCAAAUGUUUCAGAAGAUUUUGCAGGGUUAUCAGGAGGUCCAGGAUCUAACUUGGAGCUCUCAUAUGAAGCAUUCACUUGAACAUGCCCAAAAGUCGAAAAAUUUGUCUGGUGAUUCCGGUCCUGAGCUUGUAAGUGGAAAGAUAUAUUUUAGCAAGGUCGGUAUUCUGCCCGAAAAGUUUAAUGAGGGUGCUUUUCAUCUCAGCGAUGUGCUGCAUAUUAUUCGACCUCAGCUGUCCAUACAUUUUAAUUUCAUGAUAGACCUUGGAUGGUUAAUUCAACAAUAUCCAGCUCCCUGCAGAGAGUCGCCGAUAAUUUGUGUUGUAGGCGAAAAAAUGGGAACCGACAGAAGGAGCCUUCAGAAGGAAGUUGCUACCCUGAAUCUAAAGAACAUUUCCAUUCUCGGUGCUAGUCUACCGCUUCCUUUUGGUACACAUCACACUAAACUGUCAAUGUUUGAUUAUGAGGAUAAACUGCAUAUUAUUGUGUCUACUGCUAAUCUCAUUGAAGUUUCACACACGUUCAUUCAGUUCGGUCAUCCUUCCUUGGCUCGACUUUUGUGUGAUCGACCUAUCCCUGACCCUGAUGUUCGUCGACUAUUUCUUGUUCAGUGCAGCUCCAUCGGUUCUUUGGGAGCCAAAAGUGAUACUUGGCUUCGCCCACAGUUUUCACGUUCUCUUCAAGGAGACCAAGCAUCAUGUUCAUCUCGACUGUUUCUUAUCUAUCCAUGCGUAGAAGAUGUAAGGAGCUCACUGGAAGGCUACAGUGCUGGAGAUUCAUUACCAUAUCAGGCACUAUCGGCUAAUGAUAACAGAGCUGCGGAGCGCAUAAUGUCCGAACGCGAUCCAAAACAAAUGAAACGAAUUGGAAUGGAGAUCAUGGGAUUCAAUCGUGAUCUAUGGGAUUCCAUUAAUUCGGAUGUUAUGACGUCCGCGCUUGAAGCGAAAUUCGUACAAAAUGCCCAGCUGCGCAUAGAUCUUCCCAUCAAUAGCCCCGAUGCUGUAAACCCUUCACGAUGGCGUGGAAAGAAUCGCCUAGGAUCUCUCAUGGAUGCCGUACGUGAGAAGCUCUGGGCAAUGGAUGAAUACAGACCUCGGAUUAACUAUGAAGGAACUAACUAUGCAGAUGGUGAAUCGUACAGUUAUCAUGAAAAGAAUCGCCAACGUAACGGCGGAGAUGCUUCUCGUGCAAGGCGGAGCGCUCAGGCUGAGGAGAAUUUGAUUGAAGCUGUUUGUAUGGAAAAGUGGAGGCGGAGUGGUCACGAAAACACAAAAACAUACGCUGAGAUUAUUGAUGGAAAUCCACAAUGGGUACUAGUCACCAGCGCUAAUCUAUCAAAAGCAGCGUGGGGAGAUUUUCAGAAAAACAGAACACAGUUAAUGGUGCGAUCGUACGAACUUGGAGUACUUAUAACCGAUUCAUCGCGAGUAAAACUUCCUUAUGAUUAUCCUGCCAUGAAGGUUUUUCAAGCUGCCAGUGGAAAGGACGUUAAGAUUCUCUCGUUCGGUGAUGUUGUUCUUUAUGCAUCCGAUUUACAAACACUUCUUCCUGGAAUGUGGGUGAACGAUAACAUCAUAUCAUUUGCAUGCGAAUAUCUACUGUCGAAAGCAUCGGACAAAAUCAAAGAACAAGUAGCUAUCGUCAGUGCCGCAACUUGUGAACUAAUCAGACACUACGGCGAGGUGGAAGUCAUCCAAGAAAUUUUUGAUACACUGAAUUUCUUUUCAAAAGAGAAGUAUUUUGCAUUUGACCCUGGGUUUCAGCUCGUGGCUAUCCUAACCUCUUUUCUGAAGUCUGGAGUUCAACACUCUUUCGUAGUGGAGGAUUGUGCUCAACAGUGUAAUAGUUUCGACUGUGGAAUAUAUGUCAUUGAGUUUGUUCGACGAGAACUUGAGAAUGAGAAGUUCCUGAUCUUCACAAUUCAUGCUCCGUAUGCUAAAAUUUCUGAUGUAGAAAUCGAUUACGGUGAUGACAUCUUCAUGUUUUCUGCACCACCAUAUUAUCUCAGGGUUCAUCUACCACGUGAGGUUGAAGACGACAGUUCUGGUACAGCAAAGUAUGAUUCAACUCUUGGGGAGUUCACGGUAUGCGUCCCAAAAAGACACGUGGGUGAGAAUUUCCCACGUCUGGAUAUGAUCACAGAGCUUCUCAACCCACAAAAGAAGUUGACAGCUAAGCAGUUAGUCGAAGAAAUAGGAGACAAUGAGGACAGUGAAGUUGAAGACGAGGACGAUAGCCGAUAUUUUGUUGAGCAAAAAAUCACGGAUAUGAGGUUGGAAUUGAGCGAAGACUGUGUGGAUGUUUGUGGUUAUGGAUUUGCAUGGCGUCGUAAGGGAAUCCUGGGGCAGCUAAGCAAGGAAGUUGGAGUCUUAGUAGAAUUGAGCGAUCCAGAACACUGUCCAAUUUCCGAAAGGUCUAUCAACUGUGCAGAGCAUGACACCAAAUCUUUUGAUGCUGAACGCUAUUUGUUAGAUUUUCUGGAUCCAGAGGAAUGUUUACAGCAAUCGAUAAAUGCGAAAUUAGAUUUGAAGCUGGAGAUCGAUGAGGACGACAGAAAGCGCUUGAAAGAUUUUCCUAGGAAAAAAUUGCCAAAGUUAUCAAAAGAGGAACAUUAUAAAGUGGCUCUCUCUCUUAUUGAUAUUGUGUUUGCAUUUGCUUAUGAUAUGAGAAUAAAUGACUGGGAAAUAUCUUGUGAAUCUGGAUGGAACAUCGUAAAACUCGCACCUAGUCUAAAUUUCCUGUGUCAGUGGAAAAGCGCUAAAGAAGCUGUUAUCGCAAGUGUUCGGCGUUCACUUUGCUGUCCGCUGUAUAGGAAUUGGGAUUUGUCGCUGAAAGUUCUUAUGGAUGUGAAGGAUAUCAUACAAAAAGUUUUAAUCAACUCCGGAGGAUUCCGCUACCUGUUUAAUGAUCUUUUUAUAACUGACUACUGUAUUUGGAUACAAUUCAUUGAUGAGUCUAUUUUGGAAGCGUUGCAAAAUGACCUAGCUGGAGUUGAGAUUUGUAAAAGCGAUUUGAGAUUAGAUUUGGAGGAGUUGGAGCUAGAAGGCAGGAUGGCAGCACUAGAAGUGAAACAGCAUGUGGGGCUAGACAGCGAUGAUGAGCCGGAAUAAGAUUUGGCAUCAUUUUUGAACCAAGAGGUGGAGCGGCAGUUCAAGUUUGAAAUGACUGCUUCCGACUUGCGCUUAUGUGAAAGACGAUAUCGAGCUCUUGAACAAAUUGACGCCAACGACACUGCGCAGUUUUAUCCGCACCAGUAUAGGUCUGGCAUUUUUGGUCUCACUCUGGAACAGUUGCAG